AACUCAAGAUUCUUUGAUGUUUCCUACAACGGGGCUCCGAGGUUGUUUUUUUUUUGGGAAAUUCACUCGUGCUACAAAACGAACACCCUCUUUUGUCCACGGGUUGGGUUUUGCAACACAUGGCUAAAUGAUUUUCUUUAAAACAAUUUAUGAUAAUAAUUAAGGGACUGGUUGCUGCCGGCUUCUAAAGAAUCUUGUCACAAACGAGAGAGAGCGUGCGUGUACUCAGAGAAAAGUUCGUGGUUGUAGUAUCCUGGCUCAUGUUUGUUAGAAAUGCAGCACCACGCCGCCCUCUAGCGGGUACAGUGAGCCUUCGCGGUCAUGAGUGAGACAAAUUCGCAAAUUCUAUUAAAUUAUCUGAAGAAGUAAUAAAUCAUUUCAAGCGGACUCAGGUGACGCCUACUUAUUUAUGAAUUAAGAUAACACAGUUGUCCUCAGCAGUUGAUCACAUAAGUGAGACGUUUGUGUCGCCAAUUAAUGCAGAUUGACCAUUUUUACUGCCCCCUCUUGGUAAGGCAAUAACAUUACUAGACUAUACGAUGGAGCGGUAUUUGCCGAACUGCAUAUUAUGAUAACAUUGACAUUAAAAGGCUACAAUGUCAUCAGUUUUCUAAUUUAUGAACCAGUGACACGACAUGAAAGGUGAACAAACGAACAUCAGAACGUUGUUUUACAUGUAAUAGAAUGCGGUGCAUUUUCGUUAAACAGUAAACAGUAAGAAAGAAAAAGCAGUUCUUUGUGGCGUUGUGAAUGAUAACAUGUAACUUGUAUUCGUAUUCCUAUGUGAAACUGAGGCUGGAAACAUGCUGCGGAACCAAGUCUGGAGCAAUUGUUUUUCCACAGUCCGAUAGUACACAUCCGUUUCUGGUGAGUCACUUUUAUUUGUGUCCCCGCUGCCGACGCUAUGUUUUCUGCGCUGCAAGACCGCGUGGGCCAGAUUCUUUUACCAGGUGACGAGUUCUGCUCCGACACUGACGACACCAUCUCUUUGUCGGAGCCAGUGAAGUCGGAGAAGCUGGUGUGUGGACCAGGUCUGAGGCGCAGCGGAGCCCGGUUACUGGUGUGUAAAAGUGGAGUCCUUCGUCACAAACCGCCCAACGUGUUCUGGAUCGACUGUCAACAGCGCAGGUAUGUUCCAGCUAGAGGUGAGACCGUCAUUGGCAUCGUCACAGCAAAGUCUGGUGACGUCUUCAAGGUCGAUGUUGGAGGAAGUGAACAAGCCUCACUCUCGUACCUUGCGUUCGAGGGUGCCACGAAAAGAAAUAGACCCAAUGUCCAGGUGGGAGAUCUACUCUUCGCUCAGUUCAUUGUAGCCAACAAGGAUAUGGAGCCAGAGUUGGCAUGUAUCGACAGCUCGGGUCGAGCCAGUGGGAUGGGCGUUUUCGGUGGAGGCGGGCUUCUCUUUAGGGUUUCCCUGGGACUCGUCAGGAGGCUACUGGCGCCUAACAGUGACGUGCGUUCCGACCUGGAGCAGUUAUUUCCCUGUGAGCUGGUGGUCGGGUUGAACGGCAGAGUGUGGGUGAAGGCAGCUAGUAUACAGCAGACGCUUAUUGUCGCAAAUCUGCUGCAGAGCUCCGACGCCAUGACAGCCACACAGAGGAGACAGCUGUUUGCCAAAGUCCAGCAGGGGGCGCUUUGAUAUCACCGCCAUCACUAAGAUUACAGCUGCGUUUUAGGAUCCAGAGGAGAGCGCUGUGAUAUCGCAUUGAUGUUGCUGCUGUUUCAUGUGGGUUUUUUGUUUGUUUGUUUGUUUUCCCACAAUUUUCUAAGUUGACUAUCAUAUGAUAUCAUUAAACAAAUAAUAAACACAACAUAAUGUUCGUUUGUGUAAUUAUCCAAAAACCCUAAUAAAGUUUUGAUACUUUGCUAAAUCUUUUUUAACUUCUUUUCCAAACCUGAAAGAAAAAUUUAAAUAAACUUUAUUUUAGUCAUCAA